AUGACUUUAAACGAGGAAAACGCUGCACACCCAUACAUACAACUUGUGUCUGACAUAACUGGUUCUGCGUUAGGAAAAUUAGUAAAUAUAACAGUGCACGACGUAAGUGGUGUCAGAUAUUCAAAGGAACUCCUUUUGUUUGCUAAAACCCCAAUGGAGUUACCAAAAUCAGUGCCAAAACUAAACAGAAGUGUAUUAUUUUCCGUUGGAUCAAAUUUGCAGGGAAAAUAUUUCAAUAACUUUUUAACUGAAAAUGAUAUAUUCGACUUAUUUUUGAAACCUACUUACAUAAGCUCAAUGGACUACAGAUCGAUGUUUGAAAAUGACGAUUUUGUGUUCCUUUUGUUUAACCAAAAUUCAAAAGCAAAGUUAGCCAAAUUGUGUAAAUCAAUAGAUAAAUAUAAUCCUAAAAGAGUAUACGAAGACAUUCCAAUUUAUUGCAAAGACGGAAAUAAAACUUUCGAUGUGAUUGUGGAUGGAAAGUUUAUCAAUGCAUCAGGUGACCGAUAUCUAACCGCCAUUUUUACAAACUUUGCUGCAGGAUCUUCUGCUCUUUGUAUGUUUUCAGAAUUUGAAAUUUACGACGCAUUUCUGAAGUCCAGAAGAGAUAGAUAUGGUUGUCCUUAUCAUGAUCUACCGAACAACGAAUUGAUAUUUGAUGAUUCACAGAAUUUGCCUAAAUGUGUAUAUUUGUUACUAAGUGAAAGUGAGUUAUUCUCUGGAAUUUCUGAUGCAUUCAAAAAGCAGUGUUUCUGCAAUAAUGUGACCAAUAUGGUACCACAGUUUGGUAUUGUAAUUGGUAUUUUGCCACUUUUCGGAAAAUCCGUUUACGGAACACAGAAUGUGAUAACAGUUAUUGGAGAUCAGAUAGUGGAUGAAUUUACAUUACUUUACCUUGGGACGCAUGAAGGAAGCGUAAUAAAGUUACUUGUGAACAAAACGUUUUCUGUACACUACAUCGAAACAAUAAGAAUAGACAAAAGCGAAAUCAGGGCAAUAAUUGACAUCAACGAAGAUCCAGUAAUACUGACAGAAAAUAAGCUAUCAUACUCGAAAGAGGAACCCACGAAGGAUUUUCACGUUCUAUUCAAAUAUGGUCUUAAUAUACCGUCCAGGAACCUAGAGUCAUUUGGAAAUAAAACAUUUAUAUCAGCUUAUAAGUGCGAAUACCUGUCUCCUGAUAAAAGGGACUGUAGCAGAUGCAAGUACCUAAACGUGGUGGAAGGGUUCAAUUGUGUCUGGUGCGGGAAGCUCUAUGGAUGUGUGGAAAGUGAAAUAUGUACAGAUAACCCCACUUGUUCUCCACCUGAAAUUGACAAGAUUGAGCCAACUGAUGGACCAAUAGGUGGAGGCACAUUCAUCAAAAUAGAAGGAAGAAAUCUAGGUGCAUCUCUAGCAGAGGUUACAAAUGUGACAGUUGCUGGUGUUAAAUGUUCAAAUCUGCACUUUGUUCAAACAAGUUUGCAGUGUACGACUGGAAAAAGUAAUGGACCACUUUCCGGAGAUGUUAUGGUACUUGUUUCGGGACACUGGUCGAAUAGAACAGUAAAGUUUCAGUAUAAGACUCCAGAAAUAACUGGUAUAUACCCGGAGUCCAUCAUUAAAUCUGGAGUCCGUAUUAUACGGAUAGCUGGGCAAAACAUCAACAUUGGAAACAGAAAAUACCAAGUGAUACUGUCGCCUUUGAAUUCUUCUGAACAAAACAAAACGUGUGCCAUAGAUAUGGAUCAAUCUACAGACGACGGGGAAAUAUUCUGUAUUCCAGAGAAAUCUGAUGUUUUGGGUGAACAUGUUGUACAAGUAGUGUUUGAUUCCAAAACUAUAACGAAAUUAAAAGACAAGUUUUUGACAUAUCUCUCGAACCCUUACAUAAAUGGAACAACACCUCCAUCAACCAACAUGAAAAGUAUAAUGAGUGGCGGACUUGGAUUUCUUGUGCAGGGUCAGGGGUUUGUUGAUGUCAUCGAAAAUAUUCUGAUUAGCUUGUCAGAGUCAAGUAUUGAAGGACCGAAAUGCAGUAGACAAAGUUCAGUUCUUUUAUACUGCAAAUUUCCACAAAUGCAACAGGAAGGGCAACAAACUAGAAAGAAAAGAGACAUUGUUUAUCAAACCAUUGUUAUUCAUAUCGAUGGGUUCAAGUUUGUGAUUUCAAGGACCGUCAUAUAUGUGAGCGAUCCUGUCAUUUUUGAGUUGAAUGGAAACCGUUCCUUUAAUUAUGACCCAUCGUCAGAAAACAGGAAUAUAUAUGUUAAGGGGGAUCAGUUGAACACUAUCACUGAUAUAAAAGACUACUUCGUCCAUGUUGGUAGUGGUGAGUGUGUUAUCCUUGAACUGUUCAGCGACACUUUAAAGUGUUUACCUCCAUACAAGGAACCAUCGCCACGUUUAAGCGAGGAUAAACUCUACAUCAGGGUAAGAGUUGGAAACAUCAAUACAAUCAUUGGUGUUGUUCAAUAUCCUUUAAGAGGAACGGCAACAUCUGUAUCAAACAAUACUCUCUAUACUAUCCUGGCCUCUUUAGCGUUCCUGAUUGUCAUUGCCUGUGUUGCAUUCAUCUUAAUUCGGCAAAGAAAACAAGACAAAGUUAAGACGACUAAAAGAACAAGGGUAUCAAUGGAAAAUAUUCAGGGAGAUUCAGCCCGGCUUAACGAGGAUCAGCAUGCAGUAGUAGCAGAUUUUGGAUUGUCACGUGAUAUUUAUGAGAAAGAUUACUACAGUAGUAGUAACAAGAAAACAAGGCUACCAGUAAAAUGGAUGGCCCCAGAAAGCCUCGAGAAGGGAAUAUACAGCUCACAAUCGGACGUGUGGUCCUUUGGAGUCACCAUGUGGGAGCUUCUUACAAGGGGAAGUAAGCCAUACCCGGAAGUGGAUGGAUGGGACAUGUUAAAGUACUUAAAGAAUUCCAGACGGUUGCCAAAACCAACCAAAUGUCCAGACAUACUAUACAAUAAAAUGCUCAGAUGCUGGAAUCUCGAUCCCGAUGAAAGACCAUCAUUUUCAGAUCUUGUAAUAGAGCUCUCUGAAAUAGUUUCUUCAACCGAUGAAAAGUUUGAGACGCAUUCUGAUUACCAAAGUCUCCAAAACACAUACAUAAACACAGGCAUAGAGGAUUAUCUCCAGUUAGAAAAUUAG